GUUCAUUUUCGCAUUUUAAUGUGAUAUAAAAAAAUAUAAAUUAAUAACAAAAAAUCGUUUUUUUGAACAGACGAGAGACGUUACGUCUUCUUCACCGGCGCGGCGUCGGUCGGAGAAUUCGGCUCGGAACGACAGUUUUUCAGGCGUAGAGUUACAUUACUUAGAAUAUUUAUUCAUGAUGUUGAGAACAACAGCUUUCAGUUGUCCAGUGGCUCUGGUUCCCUGACUUCUGGGGACAUGUCUUACGAUAAGUAUACUCGAAUAGAUCACAAGCGUGGUCAUCAGUGGUUUAUAGGUAAUUCUGAGCAAGAGCUAUUUUCUAAUAAGAAGCAAGCAGUAGAAUCCAUUCACGAAAUUCAAACCCCGGCAUCCACAGCUUUGUCCGGUUCCUUUUUGCACGGUGGUUCAAGCUCUUGGUCGGGAAGUCAAAGAGUUGACUAUUACCCUUAUGGUCCUAAGCCUGUCCCGAGUCCAAUCUUUGCUGACAAUAAUAAUUCCCCUGAUAACCCUGCCUCUAUCAACAUGGAAAAGACGAGUUUCGAGAACCGAUUCAAAAACGAUUCAUUAAUUAGUCAAAGCAUGUCUCAGGCAGCAGAAGAUCCUCAGUUUCACAACACCGGUCUUCGAAAAGUCAGAGUCAACGAGGUCACUGCCCCACAGAAUAGCUCACCCGAGCCCUUAUCGAGCAGUAUCUUCGUCCCUGUGGAGAGCAACAAAAAUAUAAUGGGUAGCUACUAUCUGAGGUCCGGUAACAAUUACAUUGGUUCUGGGCUUACUUACAACUCCCUACUGUAUAAUCCUGCCUCCAGCAAGACAAACGGCAAUUUCACGCUGAACAAUCACUACUACAACGGGAUUAAUAACAGCAUGCUAUCCAUUGGACAGACAUUUGACCAAGGGAGUUACUAUCACUCGUUGGGCCAUUAUGGAAAGGAGAAUGCCAAAUUCAUGUCCGCCGGCCCUUUUGACGGCAAGAUCCCGGAUAAUUUCUUCACCAUAGACCCAUUCUACGCGAAAACAAACGAAACGUUCAUGCCCACCGGUUUUGUUCAGGAUGAAGACAAUGCAGCCAUCCCAUACAGUGAUGAGACCCCUGAUCUCCCAUCAAUGGUCGAGAACUCUGACAAAGGAAAACAGAGUAAGGCCAUAUCCGUUGCAGGUUUUGUGGGUCCUGAGGAGAGGGGCUUCAUGUGCAGUAGCUAUGGUGUUCUGCCUAAUCAUCACUCUUCUGCUCAGUCCAUGGAGGCAUCAAGAGAAAAAGAUGCUGAAGUGCAACAAAAUUGUAAUGUGAACCAAGGGGCCACCUCAAAGGGUGAUGGAGCCAAAAAGAUUAAGGAUGGGAAGGCUAAAAAAGAGUCGUCUAGCAAUUUUCCUUCGAACGUGAAAAGCUUGUUGUCGACGGGAAUAUUUGAUGGGGUCCCAGUGAAGUAUGUUUCUUGGACGAGAGAGAAAAGCCUUAGAGGGGUGGUAAAGGGAUCUGGUUACUUGUGCAGCUGCGAGGAAUGCAAGCUUUCCAAGGCUAUUAAUGCUUAUGAGUUUGAGCGUCAUGCUGGAGGCAAAACCAAGCACCCGAAUAACCAUAUCUACUUUGAAAACGGGAAGACUGUAUACGCUGUGGUCCUGGAACUGAAAGCUACCCCUCAGGAAAAGCUUUUUGAAGUGAUACAAAACGUUACUGGCUCUGUUGUCAACCACCAAAAUUUCACUACUUGGAAAGAUGCUGCUCAACACGUUUCAUCAGCAUCCUAUCAAGCUGCAACCCGUGAACUUCAGCGUAUAUAUGGGAAAGAUGAAGUUGCUGUGUCAUCUUGAUGGGUGGUGACAUCUCGUAUUUUGUAAAGUUUAACUGGUAACUCUUUUUUGUCUGGGUCGUGGAAAAAUGUGGCUCUUGUUUUGAUUUGUAAUGUUGAUGUUAAAUGUAUUAAAAUUGUUUUCGAAACAGCUCUGUUUUAUACAUUUUGUGUGCUGGGUAGGGCCUACGGCUGUUUUUUGGCGCGACAGUGAAGGCAUCACUUGUGAAAUAUAUUUAUGUAUGUUUUAGGUUGAUGCAAUAUUAAAAUUGUAUAAUGAUGUAAAUGAUUGAUAGUAAAAAAAUAUGAAUUAUUGAAUAGUA